AUGAAAAGGCAAAAUCAAAGCUCUGUGGUUGAAUUCAUCCUCUUGGGCUUUUCUAACUUUCCUGAACUCCAAGAGCAGCUCUUUGGGGUUUUCUUGGUUGUUUACCUUGGGACUCUGAUGGGAAAUGCCAUCAUUAUAGUCAUCAUCUCCCUGGAACAGAGCCUCCACGUUCCCAUGUACCUGUUCCUGCAGAACCUGUCUGUGGUGGAUGUGAGUUUCAGUGCAGUCAUUAUGCCUGAAAUGCUGGUGGUCCUCUCCACUGAGAAAACGUCAAUUUCAUUUGUGAGCUGUUUUGCACAGAUGUCUUUUAUUCUUUUUUUUGGUGGGACUGAAUGUUUUCUCCUGGGGGCGAUGGCUUAUGACCGAUUUGCUGCAAUCUGCCAUCCUCUGAGCUACCCAAUGAUUAUGAACAAAAGGGUUUUCAUGAAAUUAGUAAUGUUCUCAUGGGUCUCAGGGAUCAUGGUGGCUACUGUGCAGACCACAUGGGUUUUCAGUUUUCCCUUCUGUGGCCCCAAUGAAAUCAAUCACAUCUCUUGUGAAACCCCAGCAGUGCUAGAACUUGCAUGCGCAGACACCUUUCUGUUUGAAAUCUAUGCAUUCACUGGCACCAUUUUGAUUGUCAUGGUCCCCUUUGUGUUGAUUCUCUUAUCUUAUAUUCGGAUUCUCUUUGCCAUCCUGAAGAUGCCAUCGGCCACCGGGAGGCAAAAGGCCUUUUCCACCUGUGCCUCCCAUCUCACGUCUGUGACCCUCUUCUAUGGCACAGCCAGUAUGACUUAUUUACAACCCAAAUCUGGCUAUUCCCCAGAAACCAAGAAGGUGAUGUCAUUGUCCUACUCACUUCUUACACCUCUGUUGAAUCCACUGAUCUACAGCUUGAGAAACAGUGAGAUGAAAAGGGCUUUGAUGAAAUUGUGGCGAAGAAAGGUGGAUUCACAUAUAUUCUGA